AUGGACGACUUCCAGGGCAUCCUGGCCCGCGACUUCGGCCUCCGCCCUAAGGGGAAGGCUGCGCCCAUGUCGGCCGCCCGCGCCGCGCCGUCCUCUGGAUCCGGCUGGGACAGCACCAGAUCCGCCGCCGCCGCCGUGCCAUCCGCCCCCUCCUACGACGACCUCUUCGGGGCCCCGUCCUCCGCGCCGCCGCCCAAGCCCACGCAGUCGACCUCCAUCGACUCCAUCUUCGACUCCUUUGCGGAGCCCUCUGCCUCCGCCGCGCCGCCCAAGCCGAAGCACUCGUCCAUGCCCGUGUUCGACAAGCCAGUCUACGAUGACGAUAUCUUUGACGGGGUCCCUGGUGUGAAGAGCUCCUCGGUGCGCUACGACGACGUCUUUGCGGGCAACCAUGCGCCGGCCCCUGCAGACGACGACCUGCUCGCUGGUUUCGGAACCAAGUCAGAGGCGAGGGAGGUGCCGGAAGAUAAGUGGAAGCCCGGGCCAGCAGCCGCCUCAGCGGGGUUUGAUGAUUUGUUUGCGGGGAUUGGCAGGAGCAGCCCGGUGAAGCAAAGGCAAACUGCUGGUGCUAAAGAAAAGAAGGUGCCUACAUCUCAGCCAGCUAGCAUGGCAAGCGACCCUUUUGUUUCUUUUGAAACAACUUCUACUUCAGCCCGUCAAUCCUCUGGGAUAUUCUCGGAUCCCUUGGAUGAAUUGGGUAGGCAUUCAAAAUCUCAAGUAAAAACUGCUGCUGACAGUGGUCUAUUUGAGGAUUCUAGCGCAUUCAAUCAGGUCCCAAAAUCAGAACCUUUGUUUACCACAAAUUUGAGUGAUGACUCUAAAGGUAGCAAUGGAUCAACCAAGGCCCGAGACUCGAGCCCUGUGCAAAAUUUUCCGAAAAGAAACUCAGCCCAACAACCUUCUGUGGAGGACUUCGAAAAUAUUUUUCCACAGUCACAGUCUGCCCGAUAUUCUGAUGUUCAUGUUGAUAGUGGUGCUCCAGGUUCCGAGAAAUACAAUGGGAAUGGUAUGGAUGACCGUUCACCAAGAUCAGAUGAGUCUGAGGAUGAGAUAUGGCUUACAGUUUCUGAGAUUCCCCUCUUCACACAGCCAACGAGUGCCCCACCACCUUCAAGACCACCACCAUCUCUUGCAAUUAAGCAAAAACCGCAUGGAUCAAGAGCAAAACGAAGGGAUGAUGAUUAUCUGCGGCACUCCACCCAAAACUACAACCAUAACAAAAGUUCUUCGAUGGAUGAAUUAGAAGAAUUUGCCAUGGGCAAACCUCAGAAAUCAGCUUAUGACAGUGCAAAUCCUUUUUAUGAGGAUGAAUCUGAGCGGAAUUCAUCGGCGGCAGCAUCUGCAGCUGCUAUGAAGGAAGCCAUGGACAAAGCUGAGGCUAAGUUCAAGCAUGCUAAGGAAGUACGAGAGAGAGAACGUGAUGCAAAGCUUAGAAAUAGGGAACAGCAGGAACAGGAUGAUGAAGCAAGGUCGUAUGCACAGGAUCAGGAAGAGAGAGAGAGGCAGGAGAAACUAGACAGGGAGAAAGAGAUGAGGCAAAGGGAGGAAAAGGAGAGAGAACAAAGAAGACUUGAAGAAGCGAGGGAGCUUGAGCAACAGAGAGAAAGAGGGAGGGGUAGGCAAGCUGUGGAGAGGGCGACGAAGGAGGCACGGGAAAGAGCAGCUAUCGAAGCACGUGCAAAAGCAGAGAGGGAAGCACGCCUACGGAGAGGGCUACAGCAGAAAGAGCUGCUGUUGAGAGAGUUCAACAAGAUGCAAAGAGAAGAGCUGACCGAGCAGCAGUGGAAAAGGCCGCAGCUGAGGUUCGGGAAAGGCAAGCUGCUGAGGCUCGAGAGAGGCACGCUGCUUCUGCAGCGGCAGCAGCGGCAAGAGAAAAACAGAGUAAACCAGAUGACCUUGAGUCCUUUUUUGGAUCCUACGUUUAAUGCUCAAAGUCAAAGUAGAGCGGCAGCCACCUCUGCUUCAGCAUCAUCUAUGCGGAAGGCAUCAUCUACAACUAAUUUUACGGAUGACCUAUCCGCGAUAUUUGGAGGAGCUCCCACGCCAUCUGAUGAGUUUCAAGCGGUUGAAGGAGAGAGUGAAGAGAGAAGACGUGCUAGGUUGGAGCGGCAUCAACGGACCCGUGAACGAGCGGCAAAAGCCCUGGCUGAGAAGAAUGAACGGGACAUGAAUGUUCAAAGAGAGCAGGCAGAAAGAGAUAGAAUUUCGGAAAGUCUAGACUUCGAGAUUAAGCGAUGGGCUGCUGGAAAAGAAGGCAAUUUGCGGGCACUGCUAUCAACUAUGCAAUAUUGCUCUAGGUAUAUCGGCCACUUCUUUAUCAUUAAGCUUCUUAGAGUAUAUUCCCAUGACAAUCUUGCACGCUUCCACAGGCAAACAUGCAUACUGAGAAAUAGCAUGGAAGAUUGUACAAGGGCAAAGCCAACACUCGUGGUGAGAUAUCAUCAUGAAUCUGAAAGGAAUAAAACUUGUGUGCCAAAAGCUGGACAAAGGAGCAUGAUUAAUAGAGGAAUUGUGGUCGACUGGGCUUAUUUCACGAAUGCGUCUAAGAUGACCAAGGGAAGCAGUGGAGGCACAUAUCUGGUAGCCAAGAAGAGGGUGGUCCACGGGAAGGAGUGGGUACUUUGGCCAGAAUGUGGAUGGCAGCCUGUAUCCCUAACAGAUCUGAUCACUGCUGCUGCGGUUAAAAAGGUGUACAGAAAGGCAACUUUGUGCAUCCAUCCUGAUAAGGUGCAACAAAAGGGUGCAAAUCUACAGCAGAAAUAUAUCGCCGAGAAGGUUUUUGAUCUUCUUAAGGUGUGUUAA